AUGGCAGACGAGAAGGAGGAGGCGGGGUUCAAAGAUACCUUCGAGACCCUGCAAUCGGAGAAACCUGCGUAUCUUGUGAAGAACGUAGACAAGGAAGAGCAUGCUUUCAUCCUCGAUUCGUUUCCUUCCUCGCCCGUUCAGAGCCCAAGGGCGCUGCUGCAAGGACGCGAAGACCAGAGCUCGGACGAGCAGGCGCCGAAGUCUUCCAACGAGGCAUCCAAUGUCUUGUCCAGCCUUCCUCUGCCAGGCGCUGGCAUUGACCCAGAGCUGUUGUCUCCUGGCCCUGCUGAGGAGAACAAGGCUGGGUCCGAUCAAGGGGCUCUUCUCGCUCCAAUCCACCAUAACAUGUACCUGCGGCAAAGCGAGGAAUGGGUCAACCGUCUAGCCCAUGAUGCAAGGCAUGAGGGGGAGUGGCAAAGAACCAAGGAGGGGAAGUGGUCAGUGAAUCAUGCAAGAAUGCUGUACCUCGUCUCUCUUCUUGCGAGCGAAUCGAGCAGUGAAGUAGACGCACACUCGUGGGUGAACGAUCAGUUCUUGGACAUCCUCUCGUUCGAAGCCGUCGCUCACGGUCUCUUCACGAUGCUGGUGAGUCCAUGCCUGGUGCGGAUGAGGGAAGACAAGGGCAAGACGAUCGACCUCUGGCUGAAGCUGCCGAAAGAAGUCAAGCUCAUCCUGUACGAACUGUGCAGCGCGAGUUACCUUGAGGUGAUCAGAUUCCCUACGGAGGAGGGCUGGAGCUACAGCAGCUAUAGGGCGUCAGCGAGAGGAGAAAAGUUCUUGCAGGAGACUCCCGACGAGCUGAGAGAAGAGGUAGACGCCUUCGUGCGACAGACCUUUAACGCGCCGGAGAGCGCGAGCAUCUCUGACGUGGUUUCAUCCCUUGCCAACUUCUCGCUGCGGGGGGAUAAGAUCUACAUCCGCCAAGUGGACGGGUCGGAGAGGGAGUCGUUGAUUACAGAGAUAGAACGCAUCUCAUACGUAACCAGCCCUUACAUCCCAGUCAGUCUUUCCGACAACUCGGAGCUUGCCCAGCUCUGCCCGCAUUGGCAAGACCAAGUUGUGGACUAUCGAUCCGAGUCCUUCAUCCUGUCGAGCGUUGCUGUGCUGUUCGUCGAGUGGAUCAUGUCCGGGCCAAACUUUGUCAACUCCAUCAUCUCCCAGCUUGACGGCGUGUACAAAGUCUUCAAGACGCUGCCGCCGCAAAGUACCAUGGUGGACUGGAAGGAUACAUUCACCACCUCCUCGUUUGCGCGCGAGAUGUAUGAGAUGCAAUCUACCAUCAUCGACUCGAGCUUGACGUGCGUCAACUUUGAGAUGGAAGACAGAACGAGUGCCGUCGGGGAGAAGCAGCGCAAACAACACUUCGGGGUGAACGUCAACGCGAAUGGAGUCUUCAUCCACGGUGUACAAGUGGAGGCAGUGAAGGAUCGCGAGUGGGAUGACGUCUCUCCUUACCUGCUCUCCUACAUUAUGUCGGACAUACAUCACGACGCUUGUCAGAUGUCUGCUAGCUUCUUGAACAGCUUCCAGAAGGAGAUGCUGUCCAACCUCUAUGCCGGCAUGGAGAUGAAGAGAGCCAAGUACGUCUGCGUCACUGCCGACCGCCUCGACCCUCCUCUGAGAGCUAAGGACUUCAUGGGAAACUUGACGUACAGGGCUGAUUGCGAGAGGUUAAUAGGGGACUUGUACGAAGCCAGGGACCUCGGGCAGCACGACCUCGUGGUCGUCGGCUCCAACGGCAUCCUGCUGGCUGGUCCUGCCUCCAAGGAGGCGGAGUACCUGAUCCUGGACUAUGCUGUCCUCAAGGUCGUUGACCGAUUCGUCCGCCGCCUGCAUGCUCGGAUGAAGGGGAUCAACAACUUCUUGUCGAGCUGCAGGUCGAAGAUGGUGUCACAGGACGUGUCGAAGCUGGAGGAGGCUCUGCAGUCCCGCCAGCAAUUCAACGAGGUGCUUCUCAGCUUCCAGAGCCUCGUCACGUGCCUCGAUGACGUGUCAGAGUCGAUCUCGAGAUGGGAAAGCCAUCAGAAGUCAAAGAUGAGCUUCCAUCAGGGCCUUUCCGAGUACCUCAACCUCCGGUCCUAUCACGAGGACCUCAAGAGCAGGUACGAAGACCUUGCCAACGUCUUCCUGAGGGCCAAAAACGAGGUCGAGACCAUCCUAGAAGUCUCCAACAUCCAGGGAAGGAUGAGGUACGAGCAGGUGCUGUCGUCUGUCCACAAGGACUUAAAGGCUCUGGCGCUGCCCAGGAACUGUAUGGUGAGCCAUCGGGGGAGAGUUCUGUUACCUUCCCACGUCUCCCUCAAAGUCGUCGUGGUCGCCCUGCUCGCCUCGCUCAUCUAUGACCUUGUGAAUAGAGUUCAUCUCGGGAUUCAGAUCGGAACUUCGGCCCCGUCCUGGCUGGCUGACCACACCAACGGCUGGAACGACCAGCCCUUGUUGCUCGGGGCAGCGUUGUUCCUUGUCGUAGCGCUUGCAGAUCGCUUCCUGGUGAACUACAUUGAGAGGUACUCGGAGUUGACGACCAAGUUUGUCAAGAAGGUAAUCAACACAGGCUUCAAGGUUGUGAGCUACAACAACCUUGUCAAGUUCCUUCACAAGCAAGAAUGCACCUUUGCAAAGUUCAGGGUUGCAGAUAGCGAAUUGAGGCUCCAUAAAGUUUUCUCCGCCAGCUUUAUGGACAAGAACUUGCGCAAGUGGACAACGGACAACCCUCGGAUCAGCGUGCUAGUUGAUGCUACCAACUUGUGGAUCCUCUCGGCGCAGUAUGACUGGGACUACUAUGCCAAGAGCAUCGCGAAUGUGGACGUGAAGAAGGAUUUUGUGGAGCAACUUGAGAAGGCAGGGAUCGUCGAAAGCAAAGUGAAGAGAAAGGGUUGGGUCUUGUCAAGGUUUCUUCACUAUGGAUGA